AUGUUGCUGGUCUCAAUUUUAACUGUCGCCCAAUUUAUUUCAUUGUCAAAUUGCUAACUAAAUGAGAGAUAAUGCCUUAAUAUUUUGUCAGAGGAUGACAAAAUCAGAUGCAUUGAGAGAUUAAAAGUUCAAAAUCUAAAAAUAAAUCAAGAAUAAUAAAGAGAUAUUAUUCAAAAUCCUUAAAUACUAUAAUAAACAGAUAACCUCAAGCUCUCAUCUGAUUUCAUUCUAAAUAAAAAUAAGAUCCUUUAAGAUUUAGAAACAAAUUAGAUUAACAACAAAUAACUUGAGAUUUAAUAAGAAGAAAGCUCAUUUCUUUAAAAACCAUUCAUUAUAAUUGAAAAGGAUUAAAGUGGUGAAUUGGGUAUUAAAAUAGAAUAGAAAAGCUAAUACUAAUCUGAUAAUCAAACUAUUGAAACCAAUCAUCAAAAUUAAAACCUUUAUGUGCGUGAUGAAAUCCACGACAUUCUAGAAUACUAAAGAAAAACUCUUGGCAUUUCUGAAACAUUACCCAAAUCAAAUUAAUAAGAAUUAAGACUAAAAACCAGACAACUAUUGAUGAGUUAAAUAGAUAAGAAAAGCAAAUAAAAUAAAAAGGAUGAUAGAUUAUUAUAAACCUGGGAUGUGGCAAGCACUAUUGGUUAAAACGAUAAGUCAAGGGUUACUAACACCACAACAACAAUAACAACUAUUGACAAUUCAGGAACAGUAAUUAGCGACGGUGGAUCUUCCAGUAAUGGAGGGACUAUCACAUCUCCCACUACUACUAUUCAAACUACUACAACCACAACUACAAAAGCUGCUUAAACAACAACUCAACCUGGCCAAACUACUACUACAACCACAACUAAAGCAGGUGCAACAACUACAACCACCACUACGACAACUACUACUACAACUACGACAAUAACAACAACUAAAGCUCCUGCUACUACAACUUAAUGGGGAGUUGCAACUACUACCUUGAGUACAACAACAACUACAGCAACAACCACAAAAGCAACUUCAGCUCCAACUGACUCAAGCGGGUAAACGCUAGCUACAACUACCACUGCUGCUACUACUACGACUACCACAACUACAACAAAAUCUCCAGUAACCACAUAGAACGGCUAAGUAACUACAACUACUACUGUUUCUCCUACUUCAUCCCCAACAACAACUUAAAGCGGACAAACUACAACUAAAUCUACUGAGACAUCAGGUACUUCAAAUAAUUUAGAGACAUUAACAGACAGUGGAAAAACUUCAGACAAAUCAUCAAGUUCAGAUCAUUUAAUCAUAAUUUAUGCUGUUGUACCGUCUGUGGGUCUUGUACUGAUUAUUAUGAUUGUGGCUCUUUUAUGUUUGCAAAGAAGAAAAGCAUAUAAAACCUUGAUGAUGAGACAGCAUGAGCAAUUUAACUCAACUGCUAGAGGCAUUUACGAUAGUGAACGGGGACAUGAAGAUGGGAGUCUUAACCAUCAGUAGAAUAUGAACAGAUAAAACUACUCUUAAGCGACGUAAAGGACAGUAGAUUCGAGAUUACGAUUCCCUGAACUAGAAGAUGCUGAUUUUAAGCGGAAUCAAGUUUUGCCCAUUAAUGAUCCCUACACAAUUCAGCCAGAAGUUGUCAAAGGGUAUUGGUGA